AUGAGUGCUGCAGAAUCUUCAUUAGGCUCAGACCCAGUGCUGCCAUCUACACAGAAUAAUGCAGAGCAAUUUCCAAUGGAAAAUGAACAAAAUGUAUCUAGCUCUAUUGUUGAUAGUGCUAACGAGGUUUCAUCAACUAAUAUAGGUAUUGGUCAAUCACCAUUACGUAGAAAACGUCGAUCUGUAAGACGCUCUGUUACUGAUCCGUUAGCCACGAUAGCUAUUGAGCCCACAGUAUUGCCUGAUGUUCCAAAUUAUUCUGAUCAUGCUGUCGAGUUUCGCAGAUGCGUUAGAAGCUAUAAUAAUAUGUUUGCAUUUACCUCGAUUGGUAUUCAUUCUGACAAAUCUUUGGCUGCAAAUUAUAAUGGAAUUUAUACAUUUCGAAUCCAAGGACAAAUGUAUCAUUAUAUUAAUGCGCUUAUUCCAGAGGAUGGUGAGAAGCCACGAAACUUGCAGCUUUAUUUUUUUGACACUGAGCAUGAAACAACGCAGCGGCUUUCAAUUUCAGCUAGAUUUCAAGAAACACUGGUGACAAAGCUUGAGGAAAUUUUAAAGAUCAAUCCUUACUCUGCAUUCUUUCGAGGAUUACAAGAUUUGCCAGACAUGGAUGAUUAUAAGAUUGUGCUUGAAACUACGCCUGCUAUAGAUCAACGAGUUUUCAAUAAACCUACUGUGUCACAAGUAGGAGCUGUUUGGACUGAUAGUUCAGAUUUUGAACAUCUUAACUCUAAACAUAUACAAAUUUAUGGAAAGAAUGGUCAAACGCAAAUUGUUAAGCAUUACUUUGCUUGUCAUGAUUCAUUGCAAUAUCCUCUUAUCUUUGCAAAUGGAGAACCAGGUUGGCAUCCAGGGAUUGAGAGAAUGCGCCGUCCGGAUAGAGGCAAUAUUAGACCAGUUACUUGUGAGGGACAAACUGUUAUAGCUACAGCUACAGCAACAACGGCAAAUGAUAUCAUUGAUGCGGAAAAUAGAGGUAUUGGUAAACGUAUUUUCCUUCCAGCUUCAUUCAUUGGUGGGCCUCGAGAUAUGCGACGCCGAUAUAUGGAUGCUAUGUCUUUGGUUCAAAGAUAUGGGAAACCAGACAUCUUUCUGACAAUGACUUGUAACAAGAAUUGGCCUGAGAUUAAAAAAUUGCUUCUGCCAACUGAUAAAGUUGAGAACAGGCCAGAUCUAAUUUCUCGAGUCUUCCGUGCAAAACUUGAAGUCUUGAAAGAUGAACUUCUGAAGAAGAAUAUAUUUGGAAAAAUAGCAGCUUACACAUAUGUAAUCGAAUUCCAGAAAAGAGGUUUGCCCCACGCUCAUUUCUUAAUAAUUCUGAAACAAGGAUGGAAGAUGUACUCUCCUGAAUCAUAUGAUCGUGUAGUAUGUGCUGAGCUGCCAGAUGCUAGCCGCCAUCCUUAUCUUCAUGAACUCGUUGUUAAGCACAUGAUGCACGGUCCUUGUGGUGCUAUGAAUCCAAAAUGCCCAUGCAUGAAACAACAUCUUGGAUGCAAGGAUAACUAUCCUAAGGAGUUUACAGAAAUCACACGGCACAGCCACAACUCCUACCCUCUCUAUCGACGACGAGAUUUUCAGCAAUCAAUAAUUGUUCGUGGGCCAUCCUCUUGA